AUGAAGGAAGCAUGGGAUUACACGCAUUUCUGUUCGUGUGUAAAGUUGGGUCUCCUGGUCGUUUCGCUAGUAGCUGCCGAAGGAUCAGGGGAGGAUGUUUCUUGGUGGCAAUCAUCAAUCGUCUACCAGGUGUACCCUAGGUCUUUCAAAGACUCGGACGGGGAUGGAGUGGGAGACAUUCCAGGUAUCAUUUCAAAACUAGAUCACUUCACCUACUUGAAUGUGGACACGUUCUGGUUGAGCCCUGUCUACAAAUCGCCCAUGCGAGAUUUCGGGUACGACAUCUCCGAUUUCCGGGAUAUAGACCCACUGUUUGGAACGCUCGACGACUUUGAUGAACUGAUCCAGAAGGCUCACGAUAAAGGUAUAAGCGUCCUGAUGGAUUACGUCCCUGGACACACAAGCACAGACCAUGAAUGGUUCCAAAAGAGCGCCAAUCGUGAAGGGAACUACACCAACUACUAUGUGUGGAACGACGGAAUCAAACUGGACAAUGGAACAUACGUGGCUCCAAAUAACUGGCUGUCUGUGUUCGGUGGCUCUGCCUGGGCCUGGCAUUCUGUCAGGAAACAGUUUUACUACCACGCGUUCAUCCCCGAACAAGCAGAUCUAAACUACAGGGAUGAGAACGUUCAGCGAGAGAUGAAGGAUGUACUGAGGUUCUGGAUGGACAGAGGUGUGGACGGGGUCAGGGUUGACGCCAUUGAAAAGCUGUACGAGGUUGAGAACGUGUCAUUGGAUGAGCCAGUGUCUGGUCAGAACGUCACACCGUUCCAGUAUGAGUAUUUAGACCACAUCUACACCUCCAACCUGCCAGAGACCAUCCCAACCGUAGCCGCCUGGUACGAGGUCUUGCAGGAAUACGCGAAGAAGGAUGGCAAGGACAGGUAUAUGGUGGUUGAGUUAUACGCUAAACCGGCCGUGAGGAAUACACUCUAUGAAACUGGCGCCAACCCGUUCAACUUUGACCUGAUAGAUUUGACCCCAAACCCUACUGGCUACGAGAUAAGAGACCAGAUUCUCAACGAGUACGAUAAUCUACCCAGCGGGAAAUGGCCAAAUUUUGUGCUGGGAAACCACGACCGACGUCGUGUGAGCCACAAGUUUGGACCCCAGUAUGUGGAUGUCUACAACAUGUUGCUGCUGACGCUGUGGGGAACCCCCACCACCUACUAUGGGGAGGAGAUAGGGAUGCUCGAGGGGAUUAUCUCUUGGGAACAGACAGUAGAUCCCUGGGGUCGGAACUAUGGAAAGGACGAAUUCGAAAAUUUUUCCCGAGACCCAGAGCGGACUCCCAUGCAGUGGAACGGGGGAUAUCAAGCUGGGUUCACCACAGGGAACUCAACCUGGCUACCUUUAGGAGAGGACUGGCAGACUGUCAACGUUCAGAAUCAAAUGGAAAGUGAAGAACUGACCAGCAUCCAGGUGUAUAAACAACUGGCAGAACUGAGACAGAAACCGGCGUUUCUAACUGGUGCCUUUCAGUGCGACCACGAGAAAUAUCUGGUCAUCUUGAAUGUGGGUAAGGAAGAGGCCACUGUGGACCUGUCAUCUUACAGCGAUGGGGAGCCGACGGCUACCGUUAUUGCAGUGACACCAGGUAUGGAUAUUCAUCAUCAUCGUCAUCAUCAUCAUCAUCGGUUUAUCAUUAUCUAA